AUGGCAGAAAAAGACUGCCAGACUGUUACAAUUCAAAUGUCCAACAGCCGAUUCAGGUGGGAGUGCGGGUGGGCUGGAAACGGCCUGGCCUGGGACCUAGGACUCCAGUCUCUAAUCUGGUCUCCACUCUCCCCUCCUCACCUGACAGCCAGAGAAGCCUUUAGCACAGUGUGCGGGAAACCCAUGGUGAUGGGGAGGAUCUACGGUGGCCAGGAGGCAGAGGCGGGUCAGUGGCCAUGGCAGGCCAGCCUGCUGUACCAGGGCUCUCAUAUCUGCGGAGCUGUCCUCAUCGGAUCCCGCUGGCUAGUUACCACCGCCCACUGUUUUGCCAACAAAUCCCAGGCCCCGAUGGACUACUGGGUGGUGUUGGGAGACACUCAGCUUUACCAGCACACCCAGCACACCCAGAAGAUGGCUGUCAGCCGCAUUGUCAUCCAUCCCGACUUUGAGAAGUUCCACUUUUUCGGGAGUGACAUAGCCAUGUUGCAACUGUACCUGCCUGUGAAAUCCACUUCCUACGUUGUCCCUGCCUGCCUCCCAACCCCUGACUUGCGGCUGCCCCGGGACACAUCCUGCUGGAUAACUGGCUGGGGAAUGCUCACCGAGGACACUCGUCUGCCCCCACCCUUCCCUCUUCAGGAGAGUAAGGUGAACAUCAUUGAGAACAAAGUGUGUAAUAUCUUAUAUGGAGAAAGGUCUGGACAAGGCGACAUCAGCAUCGUGCAGGAGGAGAUGUUGUGUGCCGGUGACAUCUUGACAGGAAAGGCCAUCUGCCAGGGUGAUUCUGGGGGGCCCCUCGUCUGCAGCAUUGGCAAUACCUGGUUCCUGAUGGGGCUGGCCAGCUGGGGCCUGGAUUGCCGGCACCCCAUCUAUCCCAGCAUCUUCACCAGGGUCACCUACUUUGCCAACUGGAUCAACGAGACCCAGAGGCUCACGCCUCUUCCCAACCUCUCAGCUACUCCUUCUCAGACCCCACCUCCAGGUCACCCUAUGAAGGCUGCCAGUUCUCCGGGCCCCUGUACAAUCUCUGGGCCCUGGCUACUGCUGCUGAUGGUGCACAGGGGCCCAGGGCAGGCCCUGUGGUAACCCAAGAGCCCUCAGCCUCAGUACCCUGUGUUCUUGCUAGAACCUUCCACACUCCCCUCAACUCUCAGUCUCCUUUUUCUGUGACUUUCUCACCCACAAGCUGCACUCCCAGUCCAAUCCUGAAAAGUCAAAACAGAAACAAAAUGCUGCUCCUGUU